AUGGUCCGUAGAGGUACUCCUGAAGGGCUACAGGUGCGGGGUUUUGAGACGUCUCAAAAUCCAACUGUUAUCAGGUACGAGCACUUGCGUAUAGUAGUAACAAGCGGGUCGCAACACUCUAAAGCCACACGUGUUCUCCCAUUGCCCCCUAUAGCAUGCUGCACCACCUACCUCUGCCGCAACCCGUCCUAUUCACCCACCACGCGUUUCUCUCCGCCUCCUCCCCGCCCUCCCCCGCCCUCCUCUCAUAAUCCCAUUCCUCCCUUCAUUCCUCUGCCCCUUGACCCCCCUGCCCCCUGCCGCCAGGUACGAGGACUCGCUAGCAGCAGCAGGCAGCCCACAGUACCUGGAGCGCCUCAACCUGCCGCCCUCCUCAUGAAUCCCCCCUUGAUUUCCUCCCCUCCCCCUUCCCCCACGCUUAAUCUCCAGGUACGAGGACUCACUAGCAGCAGCGGGCGGCCCACAGUAUCUCAAUCGCCUCAACCCGCCCAUCUACCUCCUUCUCCUUGUGCGCCCUCCCUGCCCUCCCGCUCCCUGGCCCCUCUGCUGGCCCCCUUGUCCCUUAUCCCCAGGUACGAGGACUCGCUAGCAGCAGCGGGCGGCCCGCAGUAUCUGGAGCACCUCAACCUGCCGCCCUCCUGCACGCCCAUCUACCUCUUCCUCCUCGCCAGGCACGGAGCCAGGGAGCCAACCAAGCGUCGCGUGCACCAGUUGAACGAGCUUGCGCCCAAGCUCAGACGCACCUUUGCUGCUGCCAGCAUUGCUGCCUCUAGAAAAUCUGCUACUGCCACUGCACCUGUCCCUCCAGAUUCCUCUACCUCUGCAGCCACAUCUGCAGCAGCUGGGUCGUCUUGGAGCCUCCGCCUCACACAGUGGAUGAGAGGGUACCGGUCGCCAUGGGAGGGCAUGCAGGGGGGAGGCGAGCUGCUGACUGAGGGCGAGGAGGAGCUGUAUCGCAUGGGCGGGCGGUUCAGGAGGCGCUUUCCCUCACUGCUUGGGGGCGUGUAUCACAGCAAGGCGGUGAAACUGUUCUCCACGCAGGUCGCCCGUUCAGCAGCCAGUGCAGUCGCGUUCGCCAUUGUCCUCCUAGAGAACUCCGUCUCCCUCACGCGCGCGCACCUCAACCUCUUCCAAGCGCGCUCAGCAGCCAGUGCAGUCGCCUUCGCCAUCGGCCUCCUAGAGGGCUCUGGCUCUCUCACUCCCGCUCGCCUCCGCGCCUUCCCGGUAAUUUCUGAAACCCAGGAAGGCGACACGAAGCUUCGUUUCCACAACCUGUGCGGCGCGUACGUGGCUGUGAAAGAGAAUGCACAGGGGCGGCUGGAUGAAGGGUGGGAGGAUUUAUGGGGGGAAAUUGCCCAGGAUAUUAACAAACAGCUUGGGCUAGUCUCUGAAUCACCCGAGGCACAAAAGAGAGAGGAGGGGGUGCGAGGGGAGGUUGCAGGAGAUGGGAAUGAACAGUUGGGGUUGGGGUAUGAUGAGGGGUUGGUGGGGAAUGGAAUGGACGGUCAGGAUGCGGCGCUGGAGGCCGCUGGUGUUGAUCUGACGGCGUAUGAUGUGAGUGGGCUGUGGCUGCAGUGUAAGCACGAGGCAGGGGUGCUGCUGAGAGGAGGGGGGGGUGAUGGGAGAGAAGGAGCGGACGAGGGUGAUCACCAGGGCUCGGCCUCCCGCGCGUGUGGCCUGUUCUCGGCGCGCCACCUGGCGGUGCUGGAGUGGAUUGAUGACGUGGACACGUUCAUGCAGAAGGGGUAUGGGCGGGAGAUUAACUACCACAUGGGUCUAAACCUGCUGCAGGAACUAAGCGAGAGAAUGGUCAAUGCGCGACUUAGGAGGCUGUGGGAGGAAGGGCGCUUGGUGGGGGUGGAAGGGGAGGGGGUAGGGGGAGUUGGGAGAGUUGCGGGAAGUGGGAAGGUGGAGAGGGAAGAGGGGAAGGAGGGGGAAGGGGAUGGGAGGGUAGGGAAGAGGGGGAAGAAGGGGAAGAAAGGGAAGAAGGAGAAGGAUGGGUGGAGGGAUGGGGUGAGGGAGCGGGCUGCUUUGCACUUUGGUCAUGCAGAAACAGUCAUUCCGUUUGCAUGCCUCCUGGGACUGUACAAGCCAGACUCCCCUGACGAGGGUGUCACUAAAGAGGACGAACGUGCACAUAAGCAAGCCGACAAGCAGGAACAGCAGCAGCAGCAGCAGCAGAAGGAAGGACCCCUCCGUGACAAGUACGAUGUGCUAAUGGCGAAGGUGGCCGCUACAAUCACGCAGCAGUUCGCCCCGCCGGUGCCUCUGCCGCCCGCCCCUCCAUCCCACCGGCGCUGGCAAGCCAGCCAGAUUGCGCCCUACGCUGCCAACACUGCUGUCAUCCUCUUCAGGUGUGGACCUCACGAGUCGCCGGAUGCUGCCUCCAGCUCCUGUGCUUCUCAUGGUGGCGACGGUGGCGGCGGCGGCAGCAGCGGCAGCACCAGUGGUGUUGGAGGAGAGGGGACCAAGGAGACAACUGCCAACAUGGACUUGGACUUGGAUGCUGAUUCGGAGGCUGCAGAGGCGUUGGCAGAUGGCUUCGCAGUGGCAGUGAUGCACAACGAGCGCUUUGUGCCGCUGCCGAUCCCUUACGCUGACUUUGCUUCGUUAUCCAUUCCCGUGUGCGUUUGCUAUCUUGCUUCCUCCUCGCGUCCCUCUGGGCCCCUCUGCGUCCCUCUGUGCCCCUCUGCGUCCCAAUGUGGCCUUCUGCGUCCCAAUGUGGCCUUCUGCGUCCCUCUGUGCCCCUCUGCGUCCCAAUGUGGCCUUCUGCGUCCCUUCUGUGCCCCUCUGCGUCCCAAUGUGGCCUUCUGCGUCCCUCUGUGCUCCUCUGCCUCCCUUUGUGCCCCUCUUCCUUCCCCUGUGCCCCUCUGCUUUCCGCUGUGCCCCUCUGCGUCCCUCUGUGCCCCUCUGCCUUCCCCUGUACCCCUCUGCAUCCCUCUGCGUCUCUCGUGUGUCCCCCUCAGCUGUGUGGAGGAAGGGUUGUCUGCCCCUUCGCUACAUUCCAGGUGCCAAACCCUCCCCCUUACAGGCUCUCUUUGCUUGCUUGCUCUUCCUGCUGUUUCUGACAGCAGGUAA